AUAAUAAGGUAUCAGUACAUAGCUAGUAUAUUUAUUCAUAACAGUUCGCCUUUUAAAGGCUGCGACGUUGUCCUCCGUCAGUCAUGGGGUACGCUAGUGACACCUGGUAGUACUCGCAAGCCGUAUCCGCCGGCCACUCAGUGCACGUACACAAUCGAACUGCCCGAAGGCUAUGUGGACCAAGCACUCAGUAUCCAGGCCAAUCUGUUCGACAUCGCGGCGGACGAUUUUGUAUACGAGGGGUCAACGAUGGGACGGGCUUUGCACGAUGGAUCUGGUUUUAAUAACGAUAGACAACCUCCAUCUCAGUUAGUGACGCGUCUUGGACGAGCUCUAGUAGUUCUACAGACCAGCCCUUUCACACAGGCGAUGGGAUUCAAUCUCACGUUUUCGCUCAAUUGCCCUGUCCUGAAAACUCCACCGUUAGUAUCUCUUUCAACGAAAGCGAACACUUACGGUGUUGUUGUCUCGUGUCCGGCUGGUUUUGAGUUUGCAUCUGGUCGAGGUCGAGCAUUCAACCUUCAUUGCCAACUGGGCGGAAGAUGGACAGAGAACACACUACCAAACUGUCAACCUGUCUACUGUUCGGCAGUACCACAAAUUGCUAAUGGUUUUGCGGUGUCAGCGACCAACGUUUCCUUUGGUGGUGUCGUCAAGUAUUCUUGUUACAAGGGAUUUGAAUUUCCUAGUGGUAGUCCCGUUGAAGAAGUUCGUUGUGGUAUGGAUGGCAAUUGGACAAAUGUACCAAAUUGUCGAGCUGCGGUGUGCUCGGCUUUAUUGCCAUUCACUAAUGGUGAGCGUUGGCUAGAAUUUGGAGACGGCACCGGAUACGGUACUAUAUUUCGCUUCAAAUGUCAUCCUGGCUAUCGACGUGAAGGUCCUGCUACAUUACUGUGUAAAACAGAUGGGCAGUGGUCAUUCGAGCAACCAAAAUGCGUCAAGGUCACGUGUGUUUCUCUACCACGAAUCGCAAACGGACAUUUAAGACAUCCUCGGCCGUUCCAGUUUGGUGAUGUAGCUCGUCUCCACUGUGAUGCUGGGUUUCGUGUGAACGGUCCUGAAGAAGUACGUUGUUGUCUUGCAAAUCAAUCUUUAUCGGCAGUGCCGUCGUGCCAUGACGUGAAUGAAUGUACUGAAGGUUUGGCACAGUGUCAAGAGGCUUCAACACAGUGUGUGAAUUUGCCUGGAGGGUACACUUGUCGGUGUUUGAGCGGCUUCCAGCCACAAUUGGUCUGUUCGUCUCCUUCUUCUUUGGUUAUUUCGACUGUGGUGAAAUCCGUUACUUUCCAUUUCACUGCCCCGAAAGUUAUCGAAAAAAUUGCGUUCUAUAAAGUAGCCAGUGGUGAGGUGACAUCAAUACGUAUUCGCUAUAGUGAAGAAGAUGGACUUCCGCUUCGUGAGUUGCUGGUGGAUGGAAAGAACGUAAUCCUUGUUCUUCCAUAUUCUAUCGAAUCUCGGAUAUUGGAAAUCACAAUUGCAUCAUUCAAAAACGAACUGGAAUUGCUUGGCUGUCAAAAAUCAUCUUGUGCAGAUGUGAACGAAUGCAUGACUGACAACGGACAUUGUGAUCAUAUAUGUAUUAAUAAACAAGGUUCAUACAAGUGUGGUUGUCGUGAAGGUUAUGACUUAUUCACUGAAGAUGGACAAGGAGGAAUUCAUUUGAAAGAUGAUGAAAGCGGUGAAAGCUCGCUGGAUGUUAUCAAAUAUAACAGAACUUGCAUUCCCCGUUCUUGUCCACCCGUUUAUUCGCCAGAGAACGGAAAGCUCUUGAGCACACUUAAGAAAUUUCAAUACCCAGUUGUAGUAGAAUUCCAGUGCAACUUUGGAUACCAGAUGAUGGGUCCAGAUUUUAUCCAGUGCCUUUCGGAUGGGAGUUGGAAUGGCACCGCACCCUUCUGUCUACCGGCCACAUGUCAAGGUUUGAAAAACAAUUCAGCUGUUGGUCUGUUCGUUUCUCCAGAAAAUAGCACUAUUGCUUAUGGGCACAACGUCACCAUAGUAUGUACUCAACAGAACAGACCAGCCCGGGCGUUUCCACUUGCAUCCUUCCGUGAAUGUGUCUUCGAUCCGCGACCAGACGGUCGCGAAUACUGGCUUUCAGGCCCGGCUAUUGAUUGCCCAUUUGUCAAUUGCGGACCACCUCCUGCACUUGCUGGUGUAGUCUACGAAGGAGAUCACGAAGGAUCAGUGCUUACUUUCACCUGCCGCCCACCGUAUUUCAUAGUGGGGAAAUCAACUGCAGGUGACAAAAGCAUUCGAUGUGGUGUAGAUGGUUCUUGGGACCUCGGUGAUUUACGAUGUGAAGGACCGGUAUGUGUUGAUCCUGGUUUCCCUGACGAUGGUUUUAUUGAACUUGAUAGCGUUGAGGAAGGAGCAGUGGCGAGGUUUUCGUGUAAUAGAAAGGGAUACCGUCCUUUUCCUUCACCCUCAAUACAAUGCGUGUUGGGCGCUGCAUGUGUGCUUAGUGAAGAUGUCGGUAUUUCUUCUGGAUUCAUUCCGGAUGGAGCGUUCGCAGAUAAUUCGGACAGUACAAAUUGGGGUUACGAGCCACAUAAGGCACGACUGUCAUCAACUGGCUGGUGUGGCUCCAAAGAUGCAUUCAUAUUCUUGAGUGUUGACUUGCAACGGAUUUAUACACUGACAACAUUACGAUUGGCAGGCGUGGCUGGUAGCGGCUAUCUUAGAGGACAUGUUACGAAAAUGCAACUAUUCUACAAAACGCAGUUCAGUCAAAACUACGACACAUAUCCUAUGGAAUUUGAAACACCUCCAAAAAACCAUAAUGCCAUGCAUCAGUUCGAGCUCACACCUCCUCUUCGUGGUCGUUAUAUUUUGCUAGGAGUUACUGAAUAUGAAGAAAAUCCAUGCAUUCGAUUUGAUCUGCUUGGAUGCCUUGCCCCAAUGACUAUUUCACAUGAGAUACCGUCACAUCUACAGGUGGGAUGGAAUGCUUCAGUGCCGCAGUGCAUGGAUGCAGAACCGCCAUUGUUCCAAAACUGUCCGUUGGACGAAGUGUUCACUGAAACCGAUGAAAAUGGACAAAUAAAUCCAGUACAUUACGAGGAACCAAAAGCUGAAGACAACAGUGGGCGAAUAGCAUACGUAAAAGUUGAGCCCGUUGGAUUUUCAUCUGGUCGGUUGAUCACUUCCGAUGUCGAUGUUAUUUACACAGCUUUUGACGAUGCUGGUAAUACAGCUCAGUGCGUUGUGAAAUUACGGUUACCUGACACGAUCCCACCUGUGAUGAAAUGUCCAGAUUCAUACGAGCUGUCAGCGUUUGAACCAAAAAUGAAUGUGAUUUUUAACUUGACCAGCGUGCCGAUGGUAAUUCAGGACGUGUCAAACAUCACUGAGGUGAUAUUUAAUCCAGCCGAAGCUGUGCUCGAACCUGGCGAAUUUGUCGAGGUUGAAGUGACAGCAACUGAUGCGCUAGCGAAUCGAAACCAGUGCAAAUUUCAAGUAGCUUAUAUUUACGAGAAGUGUUCGAUGGAGUCGCUGUCUUCAGCUGAGCAUGUGCUGAAAAAUUGCACUAAGAAGGACAGCACCGUGCUUUGCACGAUUACUUGUGAAGAUGGAUAUCGAUUUGUUGAUGAGGAAAAGGUUGAGAAGUCGUUCACAUGUGUGUCAGGAAGUUGGUCACCUUCUGGUAUUGCUCCCGCUUGUGUUCCAGUCGGUAAAGAACCUGCUCGCUACGAUUUUAAUGUGGCUGUCAAUUACCCAGCUACUUCACCUGCUCCAGAACAUUGUUUAAAGGGAUAUGCUUCACUUGUUGCUGAAUCCUUCGACUCUCUUGAUGAGGUGCUUAGUCAAAGGUGCUCGAGUUCAGUUCAAGUUUUUGUGCGAUUCCUGAAUGCAGAGUUUAUUAACGGAAAUGGAGUGAUUGUCGGUAACUACACAAUCCAGAUUCUUCCUACCGUUCUCCAAAGUGUGUUCUAUGAUCUCUGCGGUCUCACACUUAGGACCAUUUUUGAUUUAGGAAUACCAGGUAAGUAUUUUUCUAUAAGCAGGACAUCGACAAGUCAGGGAUUCAGUUGUGCAGAUGGAGAAGUGUUGCGGCAACGUAGUGACCAGCUAUCGGAAUGCUUGCCUUGUUCACCUGGCUCUGUGAACGUGAACAACACUUGCGUUCAGUGUCCACUGGGUUCAUAUCAGGAUGAGCGCGGACAGGUAGCGUGCAAAGCAUGCCCUGAAGGAACGUUUACUCUGUAUGAAGGAGCACACUCUGAAAAAAGUUGUCUAGCCAUGUGCGCUAAUGGCAUGUAUAGUCAAACUGGAUUGGUUCCGUGUCAGUUGUGUCCACGUCAUACGUUCUCUGGGACACCUAUUGCUGGUGGUUUUAAGAAAUGCACACCGUGUUCCUCUGGAACUUACACUGCGCGACUUGGUUCUAGUGGUCCAUCGCAUUGCAAAAAACCAUGCCAACCAGGGACGUUUAGUCUGUCGGGUCUCGAUCCUUGUUCUCCAUGUCCGCUUCAUCAUUACCAACCGGCUCUAGGACAACAGCGGUGUCUGCAAUGCUCAAACCAGACGGCGACGACAAGCGGCGGUCAGGACGCUGAAUCCGCUUGUGAAGCAGUCGACUGUGCUGCGAAACAGUGCGUGAAUAAGGCAGAAUGUGUGGUCCGAAAUCAUCGGGCGGUUUGUGAGUGUCGUCCGGGCUUCGUCGGUGAGCGAUGUGAGCUAAUAGAGCCCGUCUGUGCAUCAGCUCCUUGCUACAACGGCGGCUCAUGCGAAGCUAUUGCCGGUUCAUUCAGAUGCAUAUGUCCACAGAAUUUCACCGGUGCUCGUUGCCAAUUCGGAAUAAAUGAAUGUGUCGGUGUAUCAUGUCCGAACGGUGGUGUUUGUCAUGACUUACCUGGUUUUGGUACUACAAAAUGCCUCUGUUGCAGGACCGGCUUUGCUGGCCCGGAAUGCGCGGAAAUUGAGGAUAUCUGUUCGUCUGCAAAUCCAUGCCAUAACGGUGCCGACUGUAUUCCGCUACAAUUGGGACGAUUCAAAUGCAAGUGUUUACCCGGAUGGGAAGGGCCCACAUGUGACAUCAAUAUCGCAAACACCGCUUGUCUUGUAGCUAGAACAAGUUUCAGUUCUCUCUUCUUAAGCAACGACUUGGUGAUGGGCUUUAUACGACUCCAGCCUCCUGUUUUAAAAAACUGGAGCCACUUCUGCUUAGCUUUAAAUUCUUCGAGUUCGCUCAGGUCUUCCUUGAACUUCCAUUCAUGUAAUGAAAGGUUUCCACGCCUAGAAUGUGCUCGACAACUUGUCUUUUUAUCGUUCGUCUGCAAUAGUUCGUUUCCAACUUAUGGCCGGACUGGAUCUUCGCAUCGAAGACGACAACUAAAUGCUUUCUUCUCUUUGCGAGCAUUUGAUCGAUCUCGUCAUCAUUUAUGCCAUUAG